GGCCCUCGAGGCGCCCCGUAGCCGCGCGUCCCGCUGAGCGGGCGCCAACAUGGCAGCGCUGGCGGGCGGAGGGUGUCUGCGCGGGGGGCCGAGGGGCCCGGAGCGGAGUCGCCGCGGCUGAGCCCCCGAGAGACCUUCGAAGCAGGAGCCCGGCCACCGGGACGCGGGGCAUGGUGCGAUCCGCGCCUCGCCGCCGCCGCCGCCGCCGCCGCUGAGCUCGCCAGCCGCGCCGAGCUCGGACACGGAAGCGGGAAGAUGUUUUCCGCGCUCAAGAAGCUGGUGGGGUCGGAGCAGGCUCCGGGCCGCGAGAAGAACAUCCCCGCCGGGCUGCAGUCCAUGAACCAGGCGCUGCAGCGGCGCUUCGCCAAGGGAGUGCAGUACAACAUGAAGAUAGUGAUCCGCGGAGACAGGAACACGGGCAAGACUGCGCUGUGGCACCGGCUGCAGGGCAAGAAGUUCGUGGAGGAGUACAUCCCCACGCAGGAGAUCCAGGUCACCAGCAUCCACUGGAGCUACAAGGCCACCGACGACGUGGUCAAAGUGGAGGUGUGGGACGUGGUGGACAAAGGAAAAUGCAAAAAGCGAGGCGACGGCUUGAAGAUGGAAAACGACCCCCAGGAGGCGGAGGCUGAGAUGGCCCUGGACGCCGAGUUCCUGGACGUGUACAAGAACUGCCACGGCGUGGUCAUGAUGUUCGACAUCACCAAGCAGUGGACCUUCGCCUACGUUCUGCGGGAGCUGCCCAAGGUGCCGCCCCGCGUGCCCGUGUGCGUGCUGGGCAACUACCGGGACAUGGGCGAGCACCGUGUGGUCCUGCCGGAUGACGUGCGCGGCCUCAUCGACGGCCUGGGCAGGCCGCCGGGCUCCUCCUACUUCCGCUACGCCGAGUCUUCCAUGAAGAACAGCUUCGGCCUGAAGUACCUUCACAAGUUCUUCAACAUCCCAUUCCUGCAGCUCCAGCGGGAGACGCUGCUGCGGCAGCUGGAGACCAACCAGCUGGACAUGGACGCCACGCUGGAGGAGCUGUCCGUGCAGCAGGAGACCGAGGACCAGAACUACGGCAUCUUCCUGGAGAUGAUGGAGGCGCGCAGCCGCGGCCACUCGUCCCCGCCGGCGGCCAAUGGGCAGAGCCCGUCCUCCGGCUCCCAGUCGCCGGGGGUGCUCCUGAGCGCCCAGUCGACGGGCAGCUGCAGCCCCAGCACCCCGCAGCCCGUCCCCUCAGCCUGCCCCUCCCCGCCGUCCCCCGCAGAGGCCCCGCUGCCCCCGGCGCACCCCGCGGCCCCCGCCCCGAGGCGCAGCAUCAUCUCCCGGCUGUUCGGGACUGCGCCGGCCGCCGCCGAGGCGGCCCCUGCUGCCCCAGAUCCAGCCCCAGCUGCCGAGGCUCCAGCAAAGGUCCGGGACGUGGAGGACUUUGUUCCCGCCGACGGCCUGGACCACAGCUUCCUGGACGAUGUGGCCGCCCCGAGGGAUGACAGGAGAGUUGAGGCCAAGGUCCCUCCGGACAGCGACAGUGACGGGGAGGCCCUAGGAGGGAACCCGAUGGUGGCAGGUUUCCAGGAUGACGUGGACCUCGAAGAUAAGCCGCCCAGCGGGCCCCUGCCACCCACGGGCCCUGUCCCCGGGGAGGACGCCGCAGCGCCGGCCUCCCAGAAGGGCUCCGAGCCCGGGACCACCCAGCCCUCCGCAAAGGCCCCGAGGCCGCACAGGCACUCGGCCCCCAGGGCAGCGGAGCUCCCCAGGCCCCCCGCCGAGGGCGCCGCUCUGGGGCCCAGGGACAGGAAGGGGGAAGAAGCAGCAGCGUCAUCGGAGAGCGACCCUGAGGGGCCCAUCGCUGCUCAGAUGCUGUCCUUCGUCAUGGACGACCCUGACUUCGAGAGUGACCUGGACGUGCCCGCGAGGGCGGACGAGUUCCCGGUGCGAGAGGACCCCUCCGACGAGACGGACGAGGACGCUGGCCCCGCCGUGCCGCCCCCGCCCCCCAAGCCCCGCAUUCCGUCCUUCAGGGUGAAGGACGAAGUGGACCUCUUCGGCUUGGGGCUGGAGGAGACCGGCCACAAGGCCAGCAGUGGUGAAGAUAAGCCGCCAUCCAAGGAGAAGAAGAAAAAGAAAGGCCGAGAGGAGGACAAGGCUGCGAAGAAGAGGAGCAAACACAAGAAGGGCAAGGACAAGGAGGAGCCCCGCGAGGACCGGCGCCGGCGGCGGCGCGAGAGGACGGCGGUGGACGAGCUGGAGGCCUUCCUGGGCGGCGGGGCCCCGGGCGGCCGCCUCCGCGGGGGCGGGGACUACGAGGAGCUCUAGGCCGGCCGCCCUGCCGGGCUCGCUGCUCCGCGCAGCGCCGCCCCGCGGCUUCUCAGGGAGGGACUAAGGCCCCGCGCCGGCGAGGCUGUUUACAGAGGCGGGAGUGCCGUGGUCGCCGCCCAGCCCCUGCUUGCCCGGACUCCCGCAUGCGGCCCAGCUUCCCGCGGGCUCCACAGCCGCUGGCCCCGCGCCCAGCGUUGCGCCUGUGCCGGUGCGCCUCUGUCCAGGGCCGGGAUGUCUUCCCUCGGCGCCCCGGUUCCUUUUCCUCCUUCCACACUGAUCUCCGACCAUAAAGCUCUCUUGUUUUA